CAAUCAGCCGCGGACUCGGGGGAAGGUCAAGAAGCCGGCUCCUCCGGUCCGCGGGGUAUCUUUUCUGGAUUGGGUGACCUCAUACCGCGACUCACUGCACGGGUGAGAGACAGUUUUUCAGAAGCAGUUGGUCGCGCAGGUGGUGGAGGGGAUGAAGUAAAAUUAGCCGAGCCACAGCCACAUCCAAGACAAACGACAUACAUUCCUGGAGGAGAUCAUCCUUCUGGAUUGCUGGGGGAAGGUGGCUCAGUGACGCCAACAUCGGACGAGGAUGGAGAGCAACAGCAACACGAACGAAUGAUACCAAUUCAACGCCGAAACCACAAUACCUCAUCAGACGAAUCUCUAAAUGACCACUAUCUCGGAAGACCCCCCAUCGCGGCACCUCGGUCGCCACCUCAAAUGUCGCCCACGGAGGAUCAAGAAUUUGGAGCAAGUCGAAAGUACGGGGGUCCAGCAGAUAGUCGUCCAGAUUCUGGUUUUCCGCCAUCUCCUAUUUUUCCACAACCUGUUGAAGAACAACCCCAAUCACCACCAAGACCACAACAAUUAUUCACAUCCAGUCUUAUGGGAAAGUUUAAACCUAGCAAGAAAGGUCAGUCGGACAAUGGUGGACAAAAGAAGCAGAAACCAAAUUUGGGAAGAAUUUUUUCGUCGCCACAAAGUUCCCCUGAAGGACAAGGGCUGGAUUUGGAUGAUCUGGAAGAAGGUCCACCUCGAGUGAGGCGACCAAGUGGACGCUUUCAACACCGCAACAGUGUCCGCACAGAUAACAUGGAACUUCAACAAGCCCACUCUCAGUUGCCUCCUCCACCACCCCCACCAGCGACCCCACUUUCCAUUUCAAUUCACCAAUCUCAAUCCCGUCCACCACCUCCACUACCGUCCGCUCCUCCCCCAAAACUACCAUCUUCUCCAACCCAUGAAACUCUGCUCAGGAUUCAACCACUGCCAUUCACAGCUAGCAAAAAGUCAAAAAGUAAACCAACGUCAAUCGCCAUCGGUACUUUUGAAAUACCGCCACCUCCACCAUUAGAUUCAGAUGACGAUAAUAACAACGCAGCCACACUUCCGAUGCACAAAUCUCACCUACAUUACGAGCCAAGGUCAAGGGCUCCACUUUCUCCUCCAGUCAGGUCGCCACCUUCGGGCUCUGAACCCCAUCGUCAGACUCCACUCUCACCAUCGCGACGUUCGCCCUUUGCUGGAAGAGAACCAGGCAUUACUUCUUAUCAAGAUCAUUUUCUUUACAGUUCUCUGACCCAGACAACGACACAAUCUCCGCCCACUCAACCACAACAGUCUCAACAGCAACCUUCACGCCAUCAGGAAGAAGACGACUACGGACUUCCACCUCCAGAAGAGUAUUUUUCAGGAUCAACGCGGCGUUCCCCAUCUCAACCACCGCCAUCAGCUCCGUCGCCAAGUCGUGGCCCAGGAGGAGGGUCACGUCCUGCCCCAGCCACACCUCAACAACGCAGUGCAGCCGAAGCUGUAGCAGAACUUCUCACUUCUCGACAACCACUCUCGUUGAGAAUUCACAUUCAAAAGCACAAAACGGAGUCUUCUUACAAAAAGUCGCAGACAUUCGGUCCAAACCAGAAGCACAAUAACGGUGGUGGUGGGAAGAAUGGGGGCGAUUUCUCAGAGUCGUCUAUUUGAAAAGACGUACAUAUGCACACAUAUUUAAUCAUAUCUGCCAUAACUAUAUAAUUAUACACUUUUUACAAAUCGGACAAGUGGCCUGUCAAAUGAGAGGUGAACAAAUUAAAAUUUAAUACCUGCUGAAAUUUUAACUUUAUUUUAAUUGAACACAAUUUCAGGAAAUAAUUAAUAUAACCAACCAGAUUUGUUUUCAGUAAAGAAUGAAGAAGCUCUGAUUUCUAAAUAGGUAAUUUUGCUAGUUUUCUGUAUGAAAAAGAACUAAACUAAAAUUUUAGUCGCCACAAGUAAUGCAUAUUAUUGACAUUUUUACAAAUCUUAUCAUGUGCACUUUCUACAAACUCGUUGCAUUAUAGAUUAAGUAAGUAAGUACAUUAAGCAAGCUCUUGUGAAUUGUAUCGGUAUGUAUGUGUCGUUCUGUCGUCUGGGUGAGUCUGAGCGAGUAUUUAUAAAGAAAUAAAACCCUUAUCUAAAUAAAAUCACAGACCAACUUUACUAGUUUUGUUGAAUAUCCCGUUAUCUCCAAUCAUCCGGAUUAUCAAAAAAAUCUGAAGUUGACGACCAUCCAGGAUGUUUCAAGUCGGCCUUGUGAAUGGUAUGAAAUGCUCCCCACAGCUUAAAAAUAUCCACCGUAUUCCAAAUUAUGUGAAUAAUACUUGACGCAACUUCAACUCCUAGCCAGACUAAUUUCCACAAUUUCUUUGCAAUGUGAACUGGGUUUAACGUAAUCCACGUUUUCCAAGGGAGAAUAUCCUGAUAACCAAUUUUAAAAAUUGGAUAUGGUAUAUCAACUUGAGGAACAGGAACUUGCAAUCCAAAAUUAAUGUCGGUAUAUUCAUUCUUCGGUUUUAAAAAUCUAGACCAAAAUUCUUUUUGUAAUUCAAUUUGGCAAAUUUCCUGUAAUAAAAACGCUAAAAUCUUACCCCAAAAA